UUGGAAAAUGAAAGUAAGUCUGUGCUUUAUAAGGAACGGACUGUAUAAGAAGGAAACUUUUCUUUGGAGCUGCCUGUGAGGUGAAUCAUGAAUCAGGUUGUUUGCACACUGGUGUUUGCUCUGGGGUUUGGAGUGACUCUUACACACUCUGCAGGGCAUGCAGGGGGGUUAUCACAACGCUGCUUAUGCAGAGGCAAACUGCCAAAAGCAGUGAAGCCCAAAUGGAUACAUGAAGUUGAAUUGUUCCUACCAAGUCCCUCUUGCUCAAAGACAGAGAUUAUGUUGACUGUGAUUGUGAAAGGAAAGGGAAAAGGAAAGGAGGUUAACAGAAGGUUAAAGAUGUGUUUGGAUCCAAAUGAGAGACAAGGACAGAGAUUAUUGAAGGGCAAAAGAAAGCUGAACAAAAAGCAAAGGAAGAGAGGAAGAAAAGAGAAGAUUAAGAAGUUUGAUGACAAGGGUUCUUAUUGAAAUUAUUCUGCUAUAAUACACAAGACUUCAAUUCCAUUUAGCCUUAAAUGUAUUUUUUUUUUCUUUAUAUCUAUUUAUUGUUUUGUGAUUUUCUCUGAUGAAACUAUAAUACAGGCUUGUUUUAAUUGAGGCCAGUGAACAUUUUGUUCUAUCAGAAAUUAUGAGCACAUUGAUAUUUUUGAGUUUUGAGAUGAAAUGCUGUUUUGGUUAAGUAUUGUAUAGCUUAAAGUAUGUCCAUAAUAACUACUUUAUUCACUUUUUU